AUGGCUUUGCUGCUCCUUUGCACCGAGAUCCCAGGCAGAGCUGGGAACGGGCGGGACGGGCCUGUAAUACUUAACUUAGGGAAAAACGUGCAGCGUGGAGCCUGUUCCACGGCACCGCAUCCCGGGCGGGAGUGCUCGCCACGGCACCGCCGUCCCCCCACGCGGGGGCACGCAAACCCGCAGUUUUACACCGAAAGGCGCUGCAGGGCGCUGUUCAGCGAUGGGGGCACGGAACACGACUCUCGCUUCUCUGUCGGGGCGGCACGGGCAGGGCCGGGGGAGCUCCGCCGGCCCGGGGACAAGCGCGGCUCUGCCCCGCUGGGCGGGAAGGCGGGAAAGCGGCAGAUCCCCCGCCGCGCCGACGGGCCGGGGCCGUGCGGCGCCUUCGUCUGCGGCCUGCGGGCGAGGAACGGCUGGACGCGACGCUGCCGGCCCUUUGCCGAGGGCUUCUGCGUGGAGCUGCAGGGCCGCAGCCACCUCUCCUCGGGGCUGGUGCUGCGCUGGUUCCAGGGCCAUCUGCAGCGCUGCCUGCCAGCCGUGCGCUACCGGCUGCAGGAGCGCUGCCGCGUCAGCCUCUCGGCGUGCCCCGGGCAGCCGCCCACGCUGCACAUCCUGCCCUGCUCCGACUACGUCUGCUGCCACAUCUCCAUGGCCGUGCGCCUCAUCCCCGCCGUCCCUCUCGGUGACGCGCUCUACCUCACGGCCCUGCCGGCCCAGGGCCCGCACGGCUGCCCGGGCCCCGAGGCGCUCUGGGGCCUCAACGCCUCGCGGCAGGAGCAGCGGCUGCUGGGCUGGCUGAAGGAGCAGGCCCCGGGCGCCUCCUGCCACCUCAAGUGCCUGCAGAUCCUCAAGGGGCUGCGGGACCUGCGCGGGCACGGCCUGGAGGAGCCCCUGUGCUCGCAGUGGCGCCGGGUGCUCUCCUCCUACGUGCUGAAGACAGCGCUCUUCUCCCUGCUGCUGCGGGGGCCGCUGGAGGCCUGGGACGAGCGGUUCCUGGUGGAGCGGCUGGAGGAGCUGGUGCUGUACCUCAGGGACUGCCUGCGCAAGCAGCUGCUGAUGGAUUUCUUCCUGGGCAACGCCAGCAUCCCCGAGGCCGUGGCGCUGCCGCGGUUCCUCAAGGAAGCGGCGCCCGUGAACUUGCUGUCCGCCUUCGACAGGCCCACGCUGGAUCUCGUAGCCUUCCAGCUGGUCAGCACCUGGAUCCAGGCGCCUCACCUCAUCAGGAUGUACAGCAGCCCGCGGUACCUGCGGCCCGGGCCCGGCCCGUGCCGGCACACGGCCCAGGAGCCAUGUUCUUAA